AUGAGUAGCGACAGCGAAGAGAAGACAGCUUUCCUGGAGCUCGUCGCUUUUGUUGACGCUACUGCUUCGUUAGUUUUAUAAAUACUUAUAAAAAAAUCUAUCAAUCGUUAAAAGAGAUCCAAUAGAAGGCAGAUUGAAAAGCCACAUAAAUAUUAAUUUUUUUAUUUUAUUUUUUUUAAAAUGAAAAUAAUAAUCAUGACACAUGCCAAUUUUUACAACUGCAAAAAUUGUCAAAGAAAAAUUAGCGCAGCAGUAGAAAUGCUUGAAAAUUUCCAUAUUUUUUUUGCUUUCUGAAAAAAAGAAACUGGAAAAAAGUUUCAUUUGACAUCGGUUUGUUAAGUUUACAAUAGAUACUAUUUUGAUCGCAAUGCCGUCUUAUGGAAAUUUCUGAAACAUGUAUUUAAAGGAAUGGGAAGGUUAUUUUCUUGAUUACGGUAACUUGCCUUAAUUAAGACUAAAUGUCCGGAGAGCAGCGCUUGAAUACGUGACCGGCGUAAGCGUGACACUGGACGGAUCGGCCAGCGAAUUCUUCAAAAGAUACGACUUCGCCAUUGGACAUGUUUGCCCCUUCUCCGCCUCGUCUUCCGCAGAUUCGAGAAGUUUCAGGCCCUUUGCAAGCUGUGUGAGGCGACGGCUUCUGACAGGACGCAGACGAUGGCGGCGUUGACCAACUUCACGUCGGGCUCGGCCGAGGCGGCCGAUUUCGUGCUCGAGAAUUCGCGAUGCACCGAAAUCGCCUUCACCGCCUGCACGACCGACGUAAGGACCCUUGAGGCAGACUGCUGCCACCGCCGCUCUUCAGGUUGUGUACGCCUCGGUGGCGGCGCGACUCCUCGCCAACGUCUCCCGCCAUUUCCCCGACCGCGUCUGCCAACGGCUACAGAAGCUCAAACCCGGAUUCCUCGCCUCUCUCAUCAGUGAGUUGGCUUUUGUCAAGGUUAGGAAAGUUUAAGAGAAAAACGCCGUUUGGUAUCAAAAGUUUACUGAGAAUAGUUUGCUACUUUGAGAUCUUGAAAGAGACUUCUUACUUUUUCAGAUAUUAAGUAAAAAUUGGUUCUGUUAGAGGUCUUUUCGGCCCUUGAACUGUAUUAUUAUUCGUAUUGAAUAAAUGAUGAUGAUGAAGUUCUAAACCGGGAUCAUAUUUUUGUUUGUAAACUCUGGCCGAAAUCUCAGUUUUCGCGGGCUCAAAAAAGAAGUCACACCUUCAUAGGGUUGAAGCGUUGCAGUCAUUUGUUGGCUUUUUUUUAUGAAGUUUGAAAAUAAUUUAAAAUUAAUUACUUACAUUAAGUUUUCCUAAUAGGCUCUCUUUUUUCAAUAUUUUCUUCUUUUCAGUGGUGAAUUUUUCACGCUGGGCCAAUCCAACCAAUUAUUUUUAUGAACUUGAAGCUUUCUAAUGGUUCGACAACUGGAACGAGUAGGAUUCUAAAUAAUCGAAGUACACUGAUCUAUCGAAACUUGGUUCUAGGAAACUGUAACAGGUUGAGAAGUUGUAGAGUUACUCCCCAUUCAACGCUUCCGAUUCGCAUAUCAACAGCGAGUGUUCCCUUGACGCGAUACCGUUUGACGACGGGUUUUCUUCACCUCUUCGCUCUCCAGUUGUUUUGGGUGUAAUCAAUUUCGGUGUGUGGACGCUUUUUGUCGCAGCCGACGACGGUCUUCUUUUCCUUUUUUCGAGGCCUUGUCGCCUUGAUUCGCUUGUCGGCGAUUCUUCAACGUCGCCGUUUUUUUUUUGUUUGCGGCCCUCCGUUGUUUCGACGUCUUCACCUAUGUGGACACUCGGUCCGUCCGUUUGGCCGCUCAAUUCGUCUUGUGCGCGUUUUGUAACAGAACGCAAAGGCCAAUGAUGGAUGAUGUGUGUUUUUGACCCGCGACGUUGCCUGGGAUCCUGGCCAGAAGACUUUUUUUUGGCCUUGUCGUCGUUGAUCCGAUGAUAAAUAAUAGCCGAUAUUUGGAACUGUGAGAUAUCUUCGAACUUGUAUUAAAGAAAAAAGUUGAUUUCUGGCUUAUUACAGAAGCUCUUUUUUUUUUGAUAGCCCCAAGUAGUUUCAAGGAAACAAUUUCAUUAGAAUGAAAAUUUCGAACUUAUAUCUAAGUCGGCCUGAUUAGCUGGGCACGUUCAUUCGUUGGUGUUAUUCAUUCAUUGGGAGAAAAAGAUUAAAUGAAUAGAGUAAUUACUUUUUUUAUGAUACCUUCAGAUUUUCUCAUCCAACGAUUUUUUGAAUUUUAAGUCAGAUUGAUAAAGUAAAUUUUUUCUGAGUUUAUUUCUUUGAGCGAAUUCCGAUGAGCUUGUUUUUUAUUCUUUCUAUGUUACAAGACAUUUUUUGAAGUAAUCAGUAUGAGGCUCAAUUUUUCACCUCGACUGGCCACGCUUUCUGUACAAACUGACUACAACGGUCCCUAAUAGUCAGUUUGAUUGCGUCUUUGACGCCUUACCACCUUCCAGCCCUAUCGAUCCACUUCGAAAUGAGCUUAGCAAAUUAAUAUGAUUAGCAGUGAUAAAAGUAUGCGGACAAGGACGUAUGUUGACGAGUUAGGAGGUUGAAAGCGGACGCCGCAGGCGAAUCGGCUUAUCUUCUCUUGUAUCGUAUCGAGCACACAGACGCGCCGACAGCCGUUAUCAUUAUCAAUUAAGUGGAUUAGCAGUAGCGAGGUGCGAAGCCGCAUAUUUCUUUUUCGCGCUUUUUACCACCGUAUCAGGCCGCAUUCCUUGGCCGUCGUCGCUCGCGUUGUUUGUGCUCCGGCAGAGGGCCAACCAUGUUCAGCGACACGGGUUUCACCACGAUAACGUAUGAUUUACGACAGAGGGCGCCGCUCAUUUGUUGACUCGCGACGGCUAUUAACAUUUUAGUGGACUGACCUCUUCAUUUGCAACUGGGCUUUUCGUUGCAAGGUAAAAGUAACAGAGAGAAUUAUCGAUUAUUUGAAAAACUUUUCUAUAGUUGAUUGUGAGAGUAAAUAUAUUCAACUAUUCCAAAGGUUCGAAAUGAUUAAGGAAAUCUCAAAAGUUUUACUAAAAGUUCAUAAAAAGACAAUUUAAUUCGGCAAAGAAAUGAAAAUCACAGCGAAAGUUGUGCUCCAUGGGUAAUGAAGUUCGGAUGCUUUAGAUCCCGAUUUUUCUGAUUUCUAGAAAAUAGGGGUGUGCAUAAUCAGACUGGCACACUAAAUGCUUCGAACUUUUGAAAAAUGUUCGGUCGGCACGAGCUUUUUUCCCGAAAAUUAAACGAAAUAUUUCAAUUAAACUUCUCCUUUGAGAAAAUUAUUUUUUAGUGGCGACCUUGUAAAGGCUGAAAUUAAGGUUUAGCUUUCUCUCUUCUUGCCACUACUCAAGCUUUUCAUAUAUAGAUAACUUUUUAAAUCAAUGUUUUUUUGUCAAAAUUUGAAAAAGAAAAAAAUUGGAGAAAAAAACAUCUAAAACCCUCAUUUUUCAAGAAAAAAAUUGAGAAAUUUCUCUCCUCUCGAUAAAAAAAACAAACAUGAGAAUGCGCGAAAAUGAGAUGGGGAAGACGUGGCUGUGCCUACAAAGAGAACAAGAGGCGCCUUAAUCGAAUUAACGAACUCAGCCAGGCGGACAGCCAUCUUGCCUUUACGUGUCUGUUACCGUUUGCUACCGAAAAAAAAUUGAUCUCGGCCUUUGAGAUUUUUUUUUUCUGUGCGGGUCUCUCUUCGUUAUUUCUCAAUCGUAUACCACCCAUGUUUAGUUGUCAGAAAAAGGCCUACCGAUGUAAACCACGGUGUUUAUCGGGCGCCGAUAAGACUGGAUGAUUGAUGGGCCCACAGCUCGAGAUAUUCUUCUUUCCUUUUGCAGAUGAAGUCAAAGCUUCGGCCGAAGCAGAUCCUCUCAAGGCGCGUCUUGUUGGGUUCGUCGUCGUGAAUCUGACGACGUUGAGUGCCGUUCGAGAGCUUUUGGUCAAAGAGCACAGCGUCCAGCUCACCGUCCUCUAUGAAAUUCUGGCCAAGUCUCCAUCGGCCGACCUCAGGGAGGUCGUCGCUGACGUCCUCCGCAACCUUUCUUUCGAUGACGGUCAGUCGCUUUCUCUUUUUCUUUAGUUAUUUAUUUCCAGAACUCGGUAGUAUUAUUUCUCACAAAAUUUGUUGAGAACAAGAGCGAAUAUUUGAAAAUUGCAGUAUUAAAAUGGAAAAUUAUGAACUUAUCUAGCGUAUAUUUUUAAUCAUCUUAUCGGACUUUUUCUAAUAUCUUAUGGAAGUUGAGUUUUUUUUCGAACUUAUUUUUUUUCUUUAUCGAAGCUGUGCUCUUAUUGCAAGAUAUCACAAGCUUGAAUUUGAGAAUCUUCGAAGGAUGAAUACUUUUUCUAUUUUUCUGUGUGAAAUACUUCAAAAUUCUUGAAAAAUUUUGUUUUAAAAGGCUGGAGCAAGAUCUUUCUGUCUAUCUUUUUACUGUUUUGUUUGUAGUUUAACAAGUAUAACCAUUACGAACUCGGCCAUAGACGAGAUCGAAGCGUCUGUAGGAGAGUUGCCAGUUGAAGCGAAGUUGAAAAGUAUAACCAUGCUUGAUUUCUUCGCGAGAUCAAAAAUACCGAAGAUGUUUUGACGCCUGUGGCGGCCACUUCGGAAGCUACCGUUUUUCGCCGCGUUUUCGCCUGCAGGCGUGCAUGUGCGGUUCGCAGCAGCAGCAGCACCGUGUGCAAACAAGUCGCGGAGGUGUACUGUAGAGCGACGGCAAGGGGUGCGAUUAAUCUCGAUUCAAUGGGGCCGUUUGCUCUUCCAUGUCAUCUCGUCGCAGGAACCGUGUCGCAGCCGACACCGCCGACCUGCUGUGUUAUCAGCUUAGCACGACGAACCGGCAAAUCUAAAAGGUAA